AUGGUUACUUUACUGCGAAACUCUAAUCAAGCUCGAGGUUUAGCUGAGUUCGGGAUAAACUUUUUAAAAUCAGCCAAGCCAAUGAGAGCUGUUAUCCAGCGCUUAACUUUAUUUCACACUGAUUCCGUCCUCUGUGGACUCUCUUCUUUAGCCUUAAAUACAAAUGCUCCUACAAUUCUCAGAAAUGAAGCUCACCUCUACCCAAGGAUUCCUGGCGCCUUUUGUUUUGGCUCUGAAGUUGAAGUUUCCCCUGAGAAAGCAAUUCUAGCUAACUGUGCAGCCGUUCGUGAAUGGGAUGCUAAUGGGACAGUCUUUGGGUAUAACCCGAAAUUACAAGGGCAUGAUAAAGGCGAAUAUGGUCACAAUGAUUAUUAUCCUGUUGUAGUAGCAGCUGCUCAACAAAAUAAGUUGAAUGGCAAACAGUCAUUAUUCGGUAUGCUGCUCUUAGAUGAAAUAAGAGGAAGACUUUGUGAAGUUUUUUCGUUAAGAAAACAUAAAAUUGAUCAUGUUGUCCAUGGAGCUGUGGCUGCUACUGUCACAUAUGGAGCUUUAAUGGGUGCAAAUGCGGAGCAAAUUGAAAGUGCUCUUGGACUUAUACUUGCCCAUUUUAUACCGUUUAGAGCGAUAAGGAAAGGAAAAGAGCUGUCGGAUAGUAAAGGUUCAUCUGCAGCGUUUGCAGCGGAACUUGCAGUCAUAGCAGUUCGGAGAGCGAUGAAUGGGUUUGAAGGGCCUAAAGAUAUAUUUACUCCUCCCUCCGUUAGUGAAUAAAAAUAUCUCUUGUUCGCUCAAAGGAGAUUAAUAUUUUUCUCAAAAAAAUUAUAUAUAAAUUUAAUAGUACAUUUUUUCAUUUAAAUAAAUCCCAAUUCGAAAUAAUUUUAAAGCAAAUAUUAAUUCAAUAUGCACAAUUUAUGUUUUAAAAUUAAGAAUUAGCUAAAGAGAUUUCAUUAUAAUAAUUAUCAAUUAUAGAUUAAAUUUAUUUUUUCUUCACCCAUGGGAUUGGGUUUUUACAAAGUAUAAGGAUUUCUCCAAUGUUUUUGCUCGCUCACGGAAGGUGGGGUAAGUUAGGAACCCGGAUAGCAUUUUUGGAGUUUUCGCUAAUGCUAAUCAAAAUGAAAGCCCUUUUGAUAUAUACUUGUCAAUGGAAGGAGACGAUUUUUCAGUGAUGGAUAUGCAUUUUAAAUUGGGAUUAUAUGAACAUCAGUCAGCUGGAGCAAUUUUUUCAAUAAUUUCAUUAAUCAGAAAUUUUACAGAAAUUCUAAGCUCACUUGAUGAUAUAAAUGAAAUAAAAAUUUUAUGCUAUAAAGAUGCUUACGCAAUAAUAGGCGAUAAGGACAAAAAUAACCCUACAAAUCGGCAGUCUGCAGAUCACUCAAUGGUUUAUAUAAUUUCUACGAUUAUCAGAAAAGCCUUCGAAAUAAAGCGAAACCUUGACAUUUCAAGCAUUGAGACCUUAUGGAAACAAUUAAUGCUCACCCCUUAUGAUUAUUCUGAAGAGUCUAUCUUCCACCAGCAAACCAGAACAAUUAUGCAAAAAAUAAAAUUUGAGCAUUGUGCAGAAUAUGAUAAAUUUUACCCAAAAGGGAUUCCUUCAUCGAUCUCCAUUAAGCAUAAAUUUGGAAAAUACGAAAGCGGAUUUGUUCUCUACCCACCUGGCCAUAAAGAAAAUUUAGGCGUUGACGUCAUCAAUAUCCUCAUGGAAAAGUUCCAUUUGCUCGGAAGAAUUGCUUUAGAGUUUCCUGUGCAAUGCAUAGAGAAGCUGCAAAACAUUGACUCGUUUUCUGCUGAAGAAAUGAGGACAAUUUAUAACUGGAAGUAUAAAACUAGUAACUACCUAAUGUAG